CAUCUAUAUAUAUGUAUAUAUACACACACAAACAAACAAACAAACAAAUAGAAGAGAAAUAUCAGAAAAAUGGAGGAAGCGACGCCGUGGGAUUGGGCUGCCGUGAUCGGAGCGGCAGUGGCCGGAGUUUGGGUGGUGGUGGUGGUGCAGAGGAGGAGAAGGAGGAGGAGGAGGACGGAGGAGGACGAGGGGAUGGUUCCCCGGGGGAGCUCCGGCUGGCCGUUGAUCGGCGAGACUUUGGACUUUAUAGCCAGCGGUUACUCAUCUCGCCCCGUCUCUUUCAUGGACAAACGCAAGUCUCUGCACGGGGAAGUGUUCAAGACACACUUAUUGGGGAAACCGGUCAUCGUAUCGACCGACCCGGAGGUGAACCGAGCCAUACUCCUGAACCCGGCCAACGCCUUCGUCCCGUCUUACCCCAAAUCUGUCACCGACUUGUUUGGCGCCAACUCGAUCCUCCAAAUGACCGGUUCGCUCCACAAGAGACUUCACGCCGCCGUCGGAGGCUACCUUAAAUCGCCGCCUAACAAAGCCAGAUUUGCCGCCGACGUGGAGCGCACCGUCCGCCGCUCGCUGUCGUCCUGGGCAGAGGAACACCGCAACUUCGUCUACGUCCAGGACCAUGCCAAACAGAUUGCAUUCGAAGUAUUGGUGAAAGUGCUGAUGAGUGUGGAGCCCGGCGAAGAUUUGGAUUUCAUGAGGGCACAGUUUGAAGAAUUCAUGAAGGGCUUGGUUUGUAUUCCCAUUAAUCUCCCUGGCACAACCUUGUACAAAUCCCUCAAGGCCAAGGGGAAGUUGUUGAAACUAGUGGAGAAGAUGGUGGAGGAAAGGAAAGUGAUGGUUGGCUUGGAGGAGAAGGGUUCGGCGCCGCCUGCGGACGCGAUCGAUUUGUUGUUGCGGGACGCAGCGGGGGAGGAGUCGGACGGGACGGACCGACGGCUGCUGCCACCGGAAUUCAUCCCCUCUAACCUAAUAGAGAUGAUGAUUCCGGGGGUGGAGACAAUGCCGACGGCCAUGACUCUUGUUGUCAAAUUCUUAAGUGACAACCCUCUUGCACUUGCUCAAUUGCGGGAGGAGAACAUGGAAUUGCGAAGGCGUAAAUUGAAUUCCGGGGAAGAAUACGUUUGGACCGAUUACAUGUCUCUAUACUUCGCUCAAAAUGUGAUAAGUGAGACAUUAAGGAUGGCCAAUAUAAUAAAUGCAGUGUGGAGGAAAGCCAAUAAAGAUGUCCAAAUCAAAGGACAUUUGAUACCAGAAGGGUGGUGUGUAUUGGCAUCCUUGAUAUCAGUCCACAUGGAUGAGGAAAACUAUGAAAACCCAUAUGACUUCAACCCUUGGAGAUGGGAGAAUCCUGGAAUGAAUAUAAACAGCAGCAAGUUUACACCAUUUGGUGGUGGGCAGAGGUUGUGUCCUGGCUUGGAACUCUCUAGGCUUGAAAUCUCUAUUUUUGUGCAUCACCUUGUCACUACUUACAGGUGGGUUGCCGAGGAGGACGAAAUAGUGUAUUUUCCGACGGUGAAAAUGAAGCGGAAGCUUCCGAUCACCGUCGCGCCAGUGGAUAAUCAUCUCUAAUUCUCAACCAUUAAAUUUUGGCCAAAGUCCUCAUUCUUUCCAGAGUUACAAUGGAAAGGCAUUAUGAACCAACUUUCAUAGAAAUUUAUAUAUGAGCCCCCCCCCCCAAUGGUUGGUUAGUAUUCAAUAUCGAAUUUAUAUGUUUAAAAACUACCCUCAAAAGAUCUACAAAACAAGAGGCAACAUAAAAACAUUAUUACGGA